AUGUCUAUUACCCAAAAAGCAUAUGAUAGCUAUGAAGAUGAGGACUAUCGACGUAACGCUGAAUAUCCGCGACAAUGUGAUUUAUGCACUCGAGAUGUAAAGAAACUUUCUAAUCGUUUCGAAUUUGCUCAACAUUUGCGUGCUGUACAUUGUACCAAGGAAGGUGGAUCUUUUAUUUGUCGUUAUGGGCCAAAUGGAGUUUGUCAAACAUUACCCUUGGAAGGUGUUUCUGAUCGUGAUUAUGAAGCUCAUAUCCGGAAAUGUCAUGCUAGUUUUGUCUUUGAUAAGCAAUCAACCGUGGAUAAAGCGGAAGGGAAAAAAAUGCGCUCUUCCUCGAAUCCGGUCUUCACCAUUCAAAGGUAUGAUAUAAUCAUGUAA